AAGAAGAAGAAGCAGAAGCAGAGAACCGGAUACCGGAAGUCCUCUCCCGUCGCAGCGAGAUAAACAAACAAAAGCAAACCGAGUUUUCUCGGUAACUCUCCGGUGUGACUCCGUUACCUCGCGCCUCCGCGCACCGACAUGUCUGACGGGAAUAACUCGUGGCCCUGACUCGCGGUGAGUGACGUCACGAGGCUGUGAGUUAGCUGGCAGGCUAAUGUAGCUUUAGCUCGUGAUGGCGUGACACGAGACACAAACAGGUUGUGGGAAAAAGGUAAAACUUCCGUUUUAACCGGAAACGCUGCACUCCGUCAGAUCUUCACGUCGUCGUCGUCACCAUGGCGUGGGCUCUGAAGUUGCCGCUCACGGAUGAAGUGAUCGAGUCCGGACUGGUCCAGGACUUUGAUGCCAGUCUCUCGGGCAUCGGUCAGGAGCUUGGUGCCGGGGCGUACAGCAUGAGCGACGUACUCGCCCUCCCCAUCUUCAAGCAGGAGGAGUCCAACCUGCCUCCGGACAGCGACAACAAGAUCCUUCCCUUUCAGUAUGUUCUGUGUGCAGCUACCUCGCCGGCCGUUAAACUGCAUGACGAAACGCUCACCUACCUCAACCAAGGCCAGUCCUAUGAAAUUAGAAUGCUUGACAAUCGGAAAAUUGGGGAACUUCCGGAAAUCACUGGUAAAAUGGUGAAGAGCAUCAUUCGCGUGGUGUUUCAUGACCGCCGACUUCAGUACACGGAGCACCAGCAGCUGGAAGGCUGGCGCUGGAACAGGCCCGGAGAUCGCAUCCUCGACCUGGAUAUCCCCAUGUCCGUCGGCAUAAUCGACCCCAGGGCUAACCCUACUCAGCUUAACACUGUGGAGUUCCUUUGGGACCCAUCAAAAAGAACCUCAGUUUUUAUCCAGGUACAUUGCAUCAGCACAGAAUUCACCAUGCGCAAGCAUGGAGGAGAAAAGGGCGUUCCCUUUCGCAUCCAGAUCGACACGUUUAAAGAGAACGAGAAUGAAGAGUACACAGAACACCUCCACUCUGCCUCCUGCCAGGUCAAAGUCUUCAAGCCUAAAGGUGCGGACAGAAAGCAGAAGACAGACAGGGAGAAGAUGGAGAAGAGGGCGCCACAGGAAAAGGAAAAGUACCAGCCCUCCUAUGAAACCACAAUCCUGACAGAGUGCUGUCCCUGGCCAGAGGUCACAUAUGUCAACAACUCCCCAUCUCCUGGCUUCAACAGCACGCACAACAGCUUCCCGGUUGCGGAAGGAAAUGGAUCACCAAACCACCAGCCUGAGCCCGUGGUUCAGGUAGCAGAUUAUUUUGAAGACACAGAAGGCAGCAUCCUGACAUGUAUUAAUUUGUUACCCACGGCGACACCACAAGAUGCACAACAGUGGCUUUUAAGAAACCGCUUCUCGCCCUUCUGUCGGCUCUUCACCAACUUCUCAGGGGCAGACCUGCUGAAGCUGACCAGGGAGGAUGUCAUUCAGAUCUGCGGCCCAGCUGAUGGCAUACGACUUUUCAACGCGCUGAAGGGACGCGUGGUACGCCCGAGGCUGACCAUCUACGUCUGCCAGGAGUCUCAGCAGGCGCGGGAGCAGCAGGUGAAACAUGAAAACGGAGAUGCUGCCGCCAACACUUUCUUUGUAUAUCACGCAAUUUACCUGGAGGAGCUCACGGCUGCCGAGCUGACGGAGAAGAUCGCUCAGCUCUUCAACAUCUCGCCCAGACAGAUCAAUCAGAUCUUUAAACAGGGUCCCACUGGCAUCCACGUGCUGGUCAGUGAUGAGAUGAUUCAGAACUUCCAGGAUGAAGUAUGUUUUGUAUUGGACACAAUGAAAGACGACACAAACGACGGCUACCACAUCAUCUUGAAGUGAAUACCAGGCAUGCGAAUACGUGUUGGCUGUCGUCUUUUAGACCCGAUCCAGUCGGCCCCUCUAGACUGCUCGCUGUUCCUGGGAUAUGUGGAGAUGCCCUCCGAGAAACUCUCUUGAGGCUGCUAUGGAGGAAUAUGAUGACUGAAGCACCCGGCCCUCUCCUGAUUAUACCUUAUUGUCUUACUUUAGAGGGAUUGACUCUUGCCACAGCGAAGUUAACAGUCUCCUUCUUGCCCCCUGCCAUUGUCUCUCCCUUUUUAAAUGGUUGCAUUUCUUCCUCUGUCGCUUUUGUCUCAUUGAAAGAGGUUCAUGGCACGACAGCUGCUAUCGCUGCUUAUUCGUCAGCUGAGCAUCUGGUGUGCCAAAGCUUGUUUGUCGUGUCUCUUUUAUUAAAAACCCAACAACCAAAAAAAAAAUAAUAAUAAAAGUGACAAAAACGAGAGACAGUUACUCUGACAACUCGUCAAUGCAGCAUGAUUUCUUCAUGCCAGGUCGCCUCACGGGAUCCACUUUAAGCCAGUCUCACUAAACACAAUCACACGUCGAGGAAUCACAAGAUCAGCUAAGGGGACAUUAAGGGAAGCCGUUGGGAUCCAGCUGUUCUCCACGUAACAUCUGUGACACGUCAGUCUUUUCACUGGAUUGAACUGUUAACUCCCAAACACUGUUUGGUCCUUUUUUAUAGUUAGUGUUAGAGCACAUACCGGCCACUCGAGGUUUGUUACUUAUGAAUCUUGAACGAUGACGAUGAAACACUGUCUCUAUGUUAGUGAUCACAGUGGCAACACCAGCAAAAUUCUGUCUCUGGUCCCGUGUACGUCCUCCUCCUCCCAUCAGCCUUUCUAGCAUUUUAUUUCCCUCCCUCAAAUAAUUUGUAAAUAGAUUAUUAUUUUAAAAUGUUUUCAUAAAGAAUCGUGUGUUAUUCCAGCAGUUUGUUUUUUGUUUCUUUUCUCAAUGAUCUUUUUAACAUACUUGUGUCUCUAUCAUGUCGUUUUUGGACGUUACCACUUCCAAACACUAAUACAUGUAACUGAGCUGUUAUCACAGCGGCGCUGCAUGUGGAAAGAUACGGUUAGUUUAUGUUCAGUUGAUAGCUUGACUUUUUUUUUUUUUAGAUCUCCAUCUUUGCAACCCUUCCUCCAUCUCAUCAGCAUUAUUAAAACAUACUUACCUGUGGUACACGC